AUGUCUCUUGGGAAUGAGACCAAUGAUGUUUGGAUCGAAAAGGCCCAUGGCCCUCUGGAUGCAGUCUACACAAUCAUCGCCUGCCUGGCUGUGCUUGGUAACGGCUUGGUCAUCACCGUUAUGCUGCUCAGACGACGGGUGUUCAAUUCCUUCACAAAUCGUCUCAUCCUGCAUCAGUCCUUCAUUGAUUCAAUUGCUGGAGUUAUGUUUUUCCUGCAUCAUGUCGUUAUAAAAGCUAAACAAAUUUCAGUAUCCUUCGAGGGUUCCAUGACUGAUCAAUUAUCUUGUCGCUUGAUAUUUUCAGAAUUCUUGCUAUGGGGAUUAUAUGUCGCAUCCACGUACAACCUUGUCAUGAUAUCGCUGGAGCGGUUCAUGGCGACUUGCCACCCGGUGAAGCAUCGCAACUCUUUGUCCGUGGCCAAGCUGAAGUUUGCUAUUGGAAUUGCCUGGGGCACCGGCUUUAUAUACAGCUCACAUUUAAUAUUGAUGUUGGAACCCCGUGAGGGGCGUUGUCAAUUCAUCGAUAUGGAAACAGUUUUGAUAGUUUUCCUAGCGUCGCUGGUUUUGAUUGUUGAGUCCUUAGUACCCAUUACCAUUUUGACAUAUGCAUACAGCCGGAUACUCAUCAAGCUCACCAAGAAAUCUACUAAUCCACCGAACGGUCCUCGGAAUGUCAUGAAUAAAGCUAAGAAGAACGUCCUCGUCACUACAAUGCUGAUAGGCAUUAUGUUUGUGGUGUGCUGGACACCAGUAUAA